AUGCCGCAUAUAUCAAUCCACACGUCUCCAUAUGCGGAGAAUCCAUAUGCUUGGGAUGUUCCUGGCGAGAGUGGAGACUUUCCAACCGAAAAAUACGAUGAGCUGGGAGGCCUUUCGUCCCUUCUUCUCAUCAAUUAUUUUGUGACCUCCAUAGCUGGAGGUAUCCUAUCGUUUUUGCUCUUAUAUUUAGUACUGUAUCGAACAACUGGACCUCUACAACAAUAUCGCCAAAUGCUGUUAAUUUGCUGCUUAACGGACACGGUUUAUUGGCUGGUGGAUAACUUUAUGUGGAUGGUAAGGCCGAAUUUUUGGAUUUAAAACGCACUUCGCGAGUUGCUGAAGCAGGCUCAAAUGGGGGUCUGCCCUAGAAAUUGACCCCCACUUUUUUUUGUCUUACCUGAUGACAUAUAGGAUUCUAAAAACCUUGGUGAAAUUUUUUCCAAAAAUUCGUCAUCAUGACCGAGAUAUGACGUAUUUAUUGAAUUUCGCAUAAUGUGAUAUAUUUUACUGAUUUAUUGUCUAAACAUCUCAGGACUGAGUAUAUAUACGUUAUUGGCCAUGCUGAACAACUUUGUAAUUGACCCGAAGUUUGUCAGGUUACUGUAACAUACCGUAACGCCCAUGCUCAAUCAAAAAAUCUCGAUUUUCUCAAUUUUUUUCAAUAAUUUUCUCGGAAUUUUUUUUUCAUUUUUGGAAUCACCAUCAAAUUCUGCAUCGGAUAGGCUAUAUGCGCAUCUCCAGAUAGGUGUACAAAAAUGUCGUGGCGCAACCGGUAGUGGGUCGGACUACCAUUCAAAAGGUCCCGGGUUCGAGUCCGGGUGGAAGCAAAAAUGCUCAAACGCGCUGGAAAUUGUCCCGAAACAGUUGAAAUCUAUUGGAACUGUGGUAAAAAUAAAUAAUAAUUAACAUUUUUCCUUAAAAAGGCAUAAUUUUGGAUUUUACAAAAUUUUUGAAAAUCGUGAUUUUUGGGCACAUAUAAAGACUAUUCCUCAGAGGAUUUCGUUCAAUUUUGCCCAAAACACCAAAAAGUUGCACUUUUUUGUUUUAAUCGGAGAACCCCGCCAGAACCCAGUAAACCGAAGUAACGUCAUUCAAACGUGGAUACACAUGUUUUGCACUAUGGGGAGUCGAAUUUUUAGCAAAUUUUACAAGAUUGAAUACUGUAACAUCAUGAAAUAUGUGAAUAUCUACAAAUUUUUUAAUGUAAAAUUUUUUGUGGAAGAUUUUCGCGGCUAUUAGAAAGCUAUUUGAAGGCAGCGAAAAAAACUGCUCUAGAAAAAUUGGACAAGUUUCCGCGUAAGAACGCCUGAAAAUCAUUAUUUCAAUUUUUUGUCAAAUGGCAAAAUACGAAAAUUUUUUGGUGUUUUGGGCAAAAUUGAACGAAAUCCUCUGAGGAAUAGUCUUUAUAUGUGCCCUGCGUUGUUUCUAAACAAAAAAGGCGGUAACAAAAAAUUUUCAUUUCUUCGGCAGAUUUGGGCCCACAAAAAUCACGAUUUUCAAAAAUUUUGUAAAGUCCAAAAUUUUGCCUUUUUAGGGAAAAAUGUUAAUUAUUAUUUAUUUUUACCACAGUUCCAAUAGAUUACAACUGUUUCGGGACAAUCUCCAGCGCGUUUGAGCAUUUUUGCUUCCACCCGGACUCGAACCCGGGACCUUUUGAAUGGUAGUCCGACCCACUACCGGUUGCGCCACGACAUUUUUGUACACCUAUCUGGAGAUGCGCAUAUAGCCUAUCCGAUGCAGAAUUUGAUGCAGAUUCCAAAAAUGGAAAAAAAAUCCGAGAAAAUUAUUGAAAAAAAUCGAGAAAAUCGAGAUUCUUUGAUUGAGCAUGGGCGUUACGGUAUGUUACAGUAACCUGGCAAACUUCGGGUCAAUUACAAAGUUGUUCAGCAUGGCCAAUAACGUAUAUAUACUCAGUCCUGAGAUGUUUAGACAAUAAAUCAGUACAAUAUAACACAUUAUGCGAAAUUCAAUAAAUACGUCAUAUCUCGAUCAUGAUGACGAAUUUUUCGAAAAAAAUUCACCAAGUUUUUUAGAAUCCUAUAUGUCAUCAGGUAAGACAAAAAAAAGUGGGGGUCAAUUUCUAGGGCAGACCCUCCUUCCACAGCUCGCGAAGUGCGUUUUAAAACUUUGCUUGCAGAAGAUCAAGCAGAAAGAUGGAGUGUUCAUUCUGAAAAUGGAAGGUGUUGCGGGCCUAAUGAGCUGGCCGUAUCGAGUAUUUACCAUCGCAUUUUAUGUGUGGAUGCUAUGCUUCUUGAAUGCAAUCUUGCCAGUUCAACUUUACUUUCGAUAUUACUCUUUGGUGAGGUAGGCAUAAUUCAAAUGUUAUUCGACCAUUUUUGACAAUGUCUAAGACUCAAUAAAUUUCAGAAACCGUAUUCUGUCGGGCGCAAGUACGAUUGGUUUGUGUGCCGUGGCUGCACUGACCACCUUCCCUGUGUUUGCCUGCACCUAUUUGAGCUUCGGCUGGUCAUCGGAAGAGCAGCAUGGCUUCAACUAUGGAACUCUUUGGUAUAAGGAAUUUCCAAUGCCACAGCUUUUGUUUGGCGAUGCUGUAAGUUCACCGGCUGACUUUAAAUAUCAACCCAAGGUAUACCAUUAUUUUCCAUAUUUUUUCAGAGGUCUCCUUACCAAAAAGGAUUUUUGUUCCUUGGAGGUGGAGUUAUUGGCGCCUCGUAUGUUUUGGCGAUGAUUAUUGGCUAUCGGACACUACAAAGAAUACGGAAUAUGAAUGAUUCCUAUUCAGAAAAGACACGAAGAUUGCAAAGACAGCUUACUAAUUUUAUGAUUUUACAGGUAAGGGAAGGCGUUAUCGCCCACAGUAAUUGGUCUAAAGUUAGAGAAAGACUUGACCCAAGAUUUUAGUUUGAGUCAACUGUUCCUUUCUUCAUUCAACUUCUGAUUUUAUCAAUGUAUUUUUUAGGCAGUAAUACCCCUGUUCACCUCGGUUCUUCCCGUCAUGAUAAUUGUCAGCCCAUCCCUGUUUUAUACAGACGACGGCCGGCUCUGCUUCUACAGUGUAAUCAUCAUUAGCUGGAUCCCGGUCGUCAACCCGAUAAUCACAGUCCUUGUAAUCGUUCCGUUCCGAAAGAUCGUCUUCAGAGCGGUUGCGUCGAAGGGUACGGGACCGACGUCUCAUACAAGCGGACCGGAGAAUGCGAUAAUCUGA